CAUUUGCAAGCGCGACGAAGCAGUCGCUAGCGACGCUCGAUUCGGCAUUCAGCUCGGACAGCAGCUCUCGCUCUACUCACACAGCAACAGCAACAGCAACAGCAACAACUAGCUGAAGGGCCAGCCCACGUAGGAGCUGUGCAGCAAGUGAAAGUGGAAGUGGAAGUGGAAGCGGCUGUGGCAGUGGCAGUGGCAGAGCCAAGUUCAAAAUCAACGCCUGACAAUGACAAAGCGCUCCACUGGGCGGCCAGCAGCAACAGCAGCAGCAACGUGGCGCACGCCAGCAGCAGCAACAACAAUCAAUGAGAGCAGCACGAGCUGGCGACGAAGCUGCACAACAGCAGCAACAACAGCAACAGCAACAGCAACAACAACAACAAAAACAGCAGCAGCAAUGCGCAUUAGGCACUCGGCUGCGCUGCCAGCAAGCGGCAUAUCCUGGCUGCUGUUCGUAAUCUGUAUGCUGAGCUGCUUGUGCUGCUACACAGUGGCGCUGGAGGAAGACUGCGUAGACUUUCAGGGCAACAAAGUGAACCACGGCAUGCUGUAUGUGCCCGGACCAGGUGUUUGUAGUCUCUGCGUUUGCUAUCACUCCGAGCCGCUGUGGUGCAAGGCCAUCUACUGUGAUCCGCCCUACUUCUGUAAAAACUUCAGAGUGGGCGAACGCUGUUGCGAAUUCGAAUGUUUGGAUCCGCCGGGCGAGGACAAGCUUUAUCAGGAGCGUAUGCGUAAGCGUGCCGAAAUUCUGGCUGGGAAUAGCACCGCAUGCCAACUGCAGGUCGCCCCGUUGGCCGUGUCGACCAUAAUGCUCAGCUAUCUGGGCAACAGCUUUCUCAAUUUAUAACUUGAGCAUAAGUCGUCAGAGUAUAAUCUAGCUAUAAGUCAGCCAGUCAGACAGAUCUUAAGAUAUAUAGCGGGCAGGUACAAUUUUGUUAACUAUGAAAAGAUCCUAACCAAAUCCUAAAAGCUAAAAAAGAACCCCAAAAACUGAAUUAAUUAUUACAAUGUAAUAAAUGCAGAUAUAUAUAUACAUAUAUGUAAACAAAAG